AUGUCCAAAAGAUCAGCCCAGCCGUCAAGCGAAGUCGCCGCCAAGUCUCUUCGACAGACCGAUGCCGUAUCGGACAUGGUCUUAAAACGAGCCGCCGUUCACUACACUGGUGACAUGAAGCUCUCGGAAGAACUCUCGAGCAUUUUCGUCUUGGCAGCACUGAAGGCGUUUUCUUGUACGGCUCCAGAUUGCCUCAAGCAAGAAUUGAGCGAUUUCGUCUCUGCUCACGAGGAUGGCUCAUCUGGCCCUGCACAAGUGGUAACUCUCAUCAAACAGGAUGGUGCCGAUGGCUCAAAGCUUGCUAAACUCGUUAUUAUCAACAUUCCUACGGAGGCCUCACGUCACAACAACCCGGCCCGUCCGGACGCGGUCGCCAAGGCGUUGGUAAAAUUCCCAGAUUUCACUGCUCCUGGCAGUCGGGCCAUUCACGUCUUCGCUCUCGGGAAAACAGCCAGAGAUGCUGCUGUGACGGGAAUCUCCAUCGGCCGAGCAGCUGUGCGAUUCAACCUUAGCACGAAACGUGGAGCUCCUUGCGAAAUGCCCAACCCGAAGGUCACUGUGGAGGUGUGGUCGGCAGAGUCGGGCCCCGCUGAUGAGGACCUCUGCAAGGCUUUGGAUGUCGUGGUGGAUAAGAUGAGGAUGUCCGCCGCGCUUACGGACAUGCCAACAAACUUCCUCAAUACUACUACAUACGUUACUUUUAUGGAACAUCUCGUGGCUGGUCUGAAAGCGAUGGGCCGCGAUGUUGAUAUGAAAGUUAUCAAGGGACAGGACCUCGAAGAUCAGGGAUUCGGUGGCCUCUGGAACGUCGGCAAGGCUUGUACGGCCAACCCCCCAGCGCUGGUGAUACUAUCGUGGAACGCCUCCAAGGCCAAGGCUGAGGAUAAAUCGAUAGUCUUAGUCGGUAAGGGUAUCGUAUAUGAUACGGGUGGACUGGCCUUGAAGAGUCGGGAAGGCAUGUCCAUGAUGAAGAGGGAUAUGGGAGGUUCUGCCGGCCUGUUGGGCGCGUUCGCCGCGAUCGUGGAAUGUGAUGUGCAGUUGGGAAAACCGUUGUACUUUGUGGGCUGCCUCGCUGAGAACUCGAUUGGCCCUAACGCCUUACGUAUGGAUGAUAUCAUUACAAUGUAUUCUGGUCUCACUGUUGAGAUCAACAACACUGAUGCCGAAGGCCGCCUCGUUAUGGCCGAUGGUGCCGCAUAUGCAGCCAAGCAUUUGAACCCAGAGUUGUUGGUGGACAUGGCUACUCUCACUGGAGCUAGUGGUAUUGCUGCAGGCCACUAUCAUGCGGCUAUUAUGGCAAAUUCUGAAGAGAUCGAGAAGGCUGCUGUCGAAGCUGGCAGGCAGAUCGGCGACUUGGUUCAUCCUCUAAUCUUCUGUCCGGAAUUCCACAGAGCUGAGCUCCAGAGCGACAUCGCUGAUAUGAAGAACUCGGUCAAGAACAGAACGAAUGCGCAAGUCUCCUGUGCUGGCUGGUUCGUGUAUGAGAAUAUGAUGGCUGCUGCUGCAGUAGCUAAAACGGAGGAAGAUAUCAAAUACCUCCACGUCGACAUGGCCUAUCCCGUUGAGUUCAUGGACAACAAGGCUACUGGAUACGGCGUCUGUCUUAUCAGUCAGCUACUAGGCCUCUUUGACAAGUGUCUGCCUCAAUAG